CUCCUCACCCGCGACGCCAACGUCCACGUUGGCUAUCCCAGGAUGCAUAUGACGCCACUGCACAUCGCCGGUUUUCCAAGACAAUGCGCCGUAUCGCUCCUUCUGCUCGAAGCGGGCGCGCGAGUUGGUGCCCACAACCGACGCGGGCAGACCGCGCUCCACUACGCUGCCGCCGACGGACACACGAACAGGUGCAAGCUCCUCCUGAGUCGCGGCGCGUCGCUCAAUGAGACCGAUUGCUACGACAGAGACCCCGAGGCUACCGCGCGAUUCCUCGGGAGCACAGACACGGCCGAAUUCCUCGCCGCGGUCCGCGCGGCGGGCGGCUGGCGCGCCUACUGCGCCGCGCGGCAGCGCUAG